UUUCUCAGAAGACAUUUUCUUUGGCAAACAAGUCACAGCUAGCUACAGGUAGCCUGAGGUAGGCGGUCCUGCUUUUUCCUCGGACUAUGACGAACCGGUAGAUAAUUUCUUGUCCGUCUAAACGCGCUGUCGUCAGCUCAGCGACCUUCCAUUUGCUCCUUGUGAUCAGGUAGUGCGUUUGACUGCAACUUCUGUUGAAAACGAAAUAAAAGGAGCCUGUUAUAUGUUUGGUCGAUGAAACCACUGGGCAGCGGUGAGCGCGUGUAUAUUCCUGGUCGCUUGUGGGUGACGUUAUGGACCUUUACACAACUGAUAGCUGGCGUGCUGUGCUUUGCCAUCGGGACACUAUGGUUACAUGAUGAACGUUUUGGCACUGCUGGUCUCCCGGUUGCUCUUCAGCAUUACGAGGGUCUGGUUUUUCUUUGGAAAGUUGCCUGCACUGAGCUGCUACCCAAGCUAUUCUCCAUUAGCACAAAGAUCAUUCACCAUGCCCUGCCAGUAUGCAGUGCAGGCCUCCUCAGCCAGUUUUUUAUUGUGCGGUUGCAACGGAGACUCCGUCCAGUCGAUGUCCUUGUGGUGGUUUGCUGGUUCAUCGUCCUUGCUUGCCACUCAGCUGUGCACUCCUCAUGGAAGAUACCAAUGAAAGCAGGACUCACGAGCAUGCAAUCCUAUUUUCAACUGGGCAGCUUCUGCACGAGCGCAUUCAUUUUCUGGGUCUCAUUGGUGGCUCGUUGCUGGAGACAUCACGUCAUCUCCCAGCACGGGCAGGCGGGUGGCAAGCCGCAGGCCUCCCACCUCAGGAAGCGUGCUGCGGCUUCUCAUGGUAAAUGUCCCGCGGAUAGCGACAGUGACGACAGCGACCAUGCCCAUGCCGACGCUGCUGAUCCAACUAACCAGGAGGCUAAAGUCUCACACUUGGACACACAUCUGUUCAACAUGUCGCUGGGCCCGUCCGGGAAUGGCCACUUCAGCCCAGCACCUUCGCCGCAAGGUUCCUCCUGGCUGGGUUCAGCCAUGGAUAAAGGAUUGUUCCACACCUCGUCCACCGCGAAUGGUAAUGCCGACUGCCAUGGAUCACCGACGGCAGCUCGCCGUAGACAACAGGAACAGGAUCCGGCAUCGUCGCCGAAACCGCUUGUCAGCCCUGCUCGCUUCACGAUGCCAGCUGUUACUUCGUCACCACACGGUGCCCACUCCUCUUUUACUUUCUCAGCAUCGCCGACGUUUUCACCGGGUGUUUCCCCACCGGUGUCUGCUCAUGGCAAUCGGUCACAGCCUGCUUCCCUCGAUUUCCAUGGAGGGCCUCGUCGUCGGCCGCGUCGCAACACUCUGUCCGAUGACGAGGAUUUCCAGGUGGUGUCCUAUGCGGAGCAGACUCUCGUCAGGCAGGACCGUGAUUCGAGCGUGGAAAGACCUCAGCGGCCAAAACCGAUUGCAACAGCUAAGGUAUCGCAGGCCCCAGCCGAGAACGGAUCGAUGAACAAUCACUCCAGCAAAGGAGGCCAGGAGAAGAAGUCUCGACUGUGGGGGAUGUUUGUGUUCACUUGCCUUGCUGUUAGCAUGAUACUGAACAUUGCUUUUCUUUCCUACCUAUUUCUCUGAAUUAUGCAGUCCAUGACAACUUAUGAAACUUUCCAGAUAGACUCUGUCAUGGUCUGUGCUAUGUUUUUAGUUUCUUUUCUAACUUGACUCUACAAGUGUACAGUCUGUCAAAAUCCAGCUUUCGUAUCCAGUAUGUCAUUUGCGGCACUGGCUUGAUUUGAAAAAUAAUAACACCAGUUGGUAUAAGAAAUACCUGCAAUAG